AUGAUCAAAUUCCUGACUGGAUUUAUUGAAUCUUUUCAUCUUUGGCUAUCUUUUUCCCUCUUCUUACGUCUACCUUCUUCCUUAUUACAUUUUUUCUUUCUCAUUUCUUCUAGAAUAUUUCUUUUGUACAUCUCUUUUCAUUUUCUUUCUCAUUCUUCUUUGUAUUAUUUCACUUCUUUUUCAUUUUUCUUUCUCAUUCUUCUUUGUAUUAUUUCUUUAUACAUCUCUUUCCAUUUUUUCUUUCUCAUUCUUCUUUCUAUUAUUUUCUUUGUACAUCUCUUUUCAUUUUUCUUUCUCAUUCUUCUUUAUUUAUUUUUUAUACAUCUCUUUCAUUUUUUCUUUCUCAUUUUCUUUCUAUUUUUCGACAAUUACAUCUCUUUUACUUUUUUUUAUUUUUUUCUUUUUUUCUAUUAUUUCUUUUAUUUCUUCUUUUUCAUUUUUUCUUUCUCAUUCUUCUUUUUAUUUCUUAUUUCUUUCUUAUAUUUUAAACAUUCUUUUCUUCUUUUUUCUUUCUUUUUAUACAUCUUUUUAAUUUUUCUUUCUCAUUUCUUUUUUCUUUCUUUAUUUCAUCUCUUUUCAUUCUUCUUUUUAUUAUUUCUUUGUACAUCUCUUUCAUUUUUUUUCUCAUUCUUCUUUCUAUUAUUUCUUUGUACUCUCUUUCAUUUUUCUUUCUCAUUCUUCUUUCUAUUAUUUCUUUGUACAUCUCUUUCAUUUUUUCUUUCUCAUUCUUCUUUCUAUUUUUUUCUAAAUACAUCUCUUUCAUCCUUUUUUUUCUUUCUCAUUCUUCUUUCUUUAUUUAAAAAAUUCAUCUCUUUUUUUUUUUCUUUCUCAUUCUUCUUUCUUUAUUUCUUUGUACAUCUCUUUAUUUUUUUUCUUUCUCAUUCUUCUUUUCUAUUUCUUUUACAUCUCUUUCAUUUUUCUUUUUUUCUUUCUCCUUUCUUUUUCUUUCUAAAAUUUCUAUUAUUUCUUUUUUCUUUCAUUUUCUUUUUCAUUCUUCUUCUUUAUUUCUUUUACAUCUCUUUGUUUUUUCUUUCUCAUUCUUCUUUCUAUUAUUUCUUUGUACAUCUCUUUCUUUUUUUCUUUCUCAUUUCUUCUUUUUUAUUUCUUUUGUACAUCUCUUUUUUCUUUUCUUUCUUCGAUUUUUCUUUAUUACAUCUCUUUCAUUUUUCUUUUUCAUUUUCUAAUAUUCUUUUUUUCUUUUUUUUCUUUCUUUUCUUUCUCUUCUUUCUAUCACUUUUUCUUUUAUACAUCUCUUUAUUUUUUUUUUUUCUCAUUUUUCUUCUUUGUAUUAUUUCUUUUUACAUCUCUUUUCAUUUUUCUUUUUCAUUCUUCUUUGUUUCUUUCUAUUCUUCUUUCUUUUUCUUUCUCAUUCUUCUUUCCUUUUUCUUUCACUUUCUUUCUCAUUCUUUUUCUUUUUCUUUGUCAUCUCUUUCAUUUUUCUUUCUUUUUCUUCUUUUUUUUUCUUUCUCAUUCUUUCUUUUUCUUUCUCAUUCUUUUUCUAUUUUUUUUCAUCUCUUUCAUUUUUUUAUUCUUCUUUUUUAUUUCUUUUACAUCUCUUUUCAUUUUUUCUUUUCAUUCUUCUUUCUAUUAUUUCUUUAUACAUCUCUUCAAUUUUUUCUUUCUCAUUCUUUUUCUAUUAUUUCUUGA